CAUGAGCAUCUAUUGGGGCUUUUACCUUACAUUUCAUUUACAUAAAUAUACAGGCAAUAAUGAUUUUAUUUUUAUCUCAGAUUGAAAAACUGGGCCUUAAUAAUCGUUGUUUUAAAAUAAACGUAAACAGCUUAUUAUACCAAAUAGUAUAGAUUAGUAAUUUUUCAACAAUGAAAAUAGCUGAAAUUUUCUAAAUUUAACAUGUGUUAAAGGACUGACAUUCAAAGUUUUAUACACUGCCUGAAAUGAAGAAGAAAUAUUAUAAAUUUUUUAAAUGUAAAUUUAUGAAUUUACAAUACUUAAUAAAGUUUCUUAAGUUUUAAUGAUUUUGAAAGUUACAAAUUAUAUAAAUCUAAAUAGUUUAAAUUAAAUUUACAUUAAUCCUUUAUUCUUUGAGAUGGUAUUUGUCAGGAGACUGAUAUUUCAGCGUAAAAAAGAUGAAUUUUUCUCUCAUAUAAUUUAAAAUUCAAUAUUUAUUGUUUGCACAUCAGAAAUGAUAAACUUUUCUUAUUAACUGAUAUGUGUAAGACGAAUACUUGGCUUCGCACAUUUUGGCCCAUGCCGUUGCACUUACAGUUCAGGUCGACCUUCGUGCUAAUUUUUUAAAUAUUGUGUGAAUGUAUUACCAGCAAACUGACAUAUAUGAUGGUAAAUUAAAACAGAGUGAGUGGUUGUUUGUAAUCAAUAAAGAUAAUAUUUUUCAAAUACAUGAGUAUUAAUCAACUGCUGAUACGAUAAUAUGAUAAGAUAAAUAAUAAAAUCGUAGCAAUAAUAUUCUAGAAUUAAAUGAAAAUUAGGAUAAUAUCUUUUAAUCACAACAAAAAAUCGUUAAAAGAUAAGAACUACAUCAAAUUGAUAAGUUUAAAUUAUGGAUCAAUAAAUUAUGUAAAAUAAUAUUUUUCCAAGUAGUCGAGUUAAAUGCUUUAAACAAUGGAUGUCAAUCGAUCUUCUAUAUUUUUAAGUAUUUUAGUAGUUUUUGUUUUAUCUUGUGACCAAUCUGAAAUUUCAAUAAAUGAAUUAAAUGAGACAACAGUUUUCAAUGAAAUUAUAAACUGGACAAAAAAUGGUAUACAAACACCUUUAUUCCGAGAUAUUAUUAGUUAUUUAGUUACACCUUCUGAAGCCCGACAACUUGAUUGGUCAAAACUUAAUAGUUCAAAAGCUGGAAUUUUUUGCGUUAUUUGUAAGUCUCUUACAAAAUUUUUUUUAGCUCUUCGACGCAAUGGUACUUCCGUUGAAGAAAUUCAAAAUAGUGCUGGUAAUGUUUGCACAUUAUUGAAUUUCCAAACUGAAACUGUAUGUCACGGACUUAUUCGUCUCAAUUUGCCAAUUAUCUUGUAUAUUAUUGACAACGAGCAAAGUAUUACUCAGGAUGAUAUUUGUGGUAUUUUACUACAAAACCAAGAGUGUUCCGAUUUAUCAAAAAAGUUUGAUUGGACAAUAGAUAUCAAUGAUGAUCCUCCACUAGUAUUCGAUAUCUAUUCAACCGAAAAGAAAUUAAAAAUACUCCAAAUCACUGAUAUUCAUUAUGAUCCAUUAUAUCAACCAAGUGGAAAUGCUGAUUGUGAUGAACCUACAUGUUGUCGUCGUGGACAAAAUACUAAUGGGAAAAUAAAUGAGAAAUCUGCUGGUUUCUGGGGAGAUUAUAAUAACUGUGAUCUACCUUGGCACUCAAUUGUUGAUGCUUUAGAGCAUAUAAAAACUCAACAUUUAACGUUUGACUUUGUUUAUUUUACUGGAGAUAUAAUCGAUCAUGGAAUAUGGGAAACGAGUCAACAAAGAAACAUCGAAAGUAUAAAAAAAUGUUUCACAAUCAUCAAAAAUACUUUCGGUGAUAUACCAGUUUAUCCAAUAUUUGGGAAUCAUGAAUCGCAUCCUUUAAAUUUAUAUUCACCGGAUUAUAUCAAGAAUGAUAGUUUAUCAACUGAAUGGCUAUACGAACUAAUGGCAGACAUUUGGAUUGAAGCUGGCUGGUUACCACCAUCUGUUAAAGACACAAUUUUGAAAGGGGGAUAUUAUAAUGUGUCACCUAGGCCAGGAUUUCGGAUAAUUAGUCUUAACAGUAAUGUUUGCUAUAUUUACAAUUGGUGGCUUUUUUACGAUCCUCAAGAUCCUGGGGGUCAAUUACAAUGGCUAGCUGAUAAUCUCUUGAUUGCUGAAAAAAAUAAAGAAAUCGUCCAUAUUUUGAGCCACAUACCACCUGGUUCUACGGAGUGUCAACAUACAUGGAGUCGUGAAUACAAAAAAAUUAUCAAUAGAUUUUCUCACGUAAUUGCUGCUCAAUUUAAUGGACAUACACACAACGAUGAAUUUAAUUUAUUCUAUAAUCCAAACGACAGUGAUCAAGUAAUAAAUAUUGCUUGGAACGGAGGUAGUUUAACUCCAUAUGCUAAUUUAAAUCCAAAUUAUAAAGUAUAUGAAGCAGAUAAUAAUAGUUAUGUUGUUCAAGAUAUUGAAACUUGGAUGUAUAAUCUUACUGAAGCCAAUGAAAAUUUUUUGAAACGACCUAAUUGGUUCAAGUCUUAUUCUUUCAAAGAGGCAUAUAAUCUAGAAGAUUUAUCUAAAAAUAGUUUGAAUCAGUUGGUUAAUAAAAUGAUCAAAUAUUCAUCAAUACUUCAAACAUAUCAUAAAAACUUUUUCAAGCAUGCUGCACCUUCUUUAAAAAACGAAUGCGAUAAUGAUUGCCUAAAAGAAUAUAUCUGUAGAAUCGUGAGAAGUUCCAGUGACGAUAAAAGUGAAUGCAACAAUUUAUUACAAUUUAUUUAAAAGUACUGCUUUUAUAACUUUUAGAAUCUUUACAUACUAAUUAAAUAAAAUUACUUUAUACAGAUUAUACAAUGAAAUAACUUUUUUUUAAUAAUUUUGUUAUUAAAACACUGAAUAAAGGUUGUUUCAAAAAGCAGUUUAUAAAUUAAUCGGAU